AUGGCGCAGGACAAAAUUGUGGGUGAGGCCGCCAACAUUUGUGCGCAUUCCCCUGACAUUGGCCGACACGACGGUGAGAUGCCGGGUGAGGCGCCCAUGCCCUCGCCGCCUCGCGUUGGCUUGGCAGGGAGCCUUCCUACCAGAUACAGCCCCCCAUCAACUUCCUCCCCCACCACCCACCUCAGCCCCUUCAUCUAUCACAACCCCAAUCCUACCCAUACCCACGCCCCCAAUCCUAUCCCCAGACCCAGCACCAUCCUCUUCCCCAGACAAACCCCCAGACCCAGCACCAUCCUCUUCCCCAGACAACCCCCAGACCCAGCACCAUCCUCUUCCCCAGACAACCCCCCAGACCCAGCACCAUCCUCUUCCUCAGACAAACCCCCAGACCCAGCACCAUCCUCUUCCCCAGACAAACCCCCAGACCCAGCACCAUCCUCUUCCCCAGACAAACCCCCAGACCCAGCACCAUCCUCUUCCCCAGACAAACCCCCAGACCCAGCACCAUCCUCUUCCCCAGACAAACCCCCAGACCCAGCACCAUCCUCUUCCCCAGACAACCCCCAGACCCAGCACCAUCCUCUUCCCCAGACAAACCCCCAGACCCAGCACGUGCCUCUUCAGCUGCCACAAAACACCUUUCCUCACUCCCCUGUGUUUCUAGGCCAGCAAAAUGCCUACCACGAACAGUUCAGUGGCGCACAUUCAGCGUAA